AUGCCAAAAGCAACACAAAAACAAAUACCACCCAACUUUGACAUGUCAUUUCUUCCAACCGAUCAACAAAUAAAAGACAUUCAAGAAGCCGGUAUACCAUUAACUACGAAAAAAAAUACUGAAUUCUGGGUUAAGGUUUUAACUAACUAUAGAGAAAAACAUCAUAAUGGAAUUCCAAUUGAAUCGGUUAAUGACAAAAAAAUAUUAGAAAAACAAUUAUGCGAAUUUGUUGUUGGUGUGCGAAGAGAUGAUGGCGAAGAAUAUUUGUCAUUAAAAAAUUGUAUGGCUGCAAUUGAUAGACAUUUGAAAAGUCACAGUGUAAUUAAAGAUCAAAUUACCUUAAAUGGAAACGCGUGCAAGCAAAAUUAUCCAGACUUAUAUAAAACUUUAAAUGGAAAGCUACGUGAUCUUAAGAAACAGGGUAAGAUUUCUACAAAGAAGGCUGACACACUUUCACCAGAUGAAAUCAAACAAAUUCUGAAUCACCCAUCAACAUCAAAAGAUACACCCGAAGGUCUUUCUAGGAGAGUGUUUAUAUGGGUCUGUUUGGUAUUUUGUCCUCAUGGUGGUGAACAUACAAAAAUGUUAAAAUGUCAGUUUGAUAUACGUGAUGAUAUGGUUAUUUUCACCAAAUUUCAUCAAAAAAAUGAUCAAAGUGGUCUUGAUGGUAAUAAUGAAUCACUAAAUAUCCCAUGUCCACGUGAUAAAGAACAUCAAGGAGCUUAUGAUGACAUUAUAUCUUAUUUGACAAUCAAUGAUGAUGUAUGGUAUCUUGAUCAUAAAAUUGGAACUGAGAAAAUCAAGAAUUACAUGAAGACAAUAUGUUUCGAUGCUGCUGAAGUUGAAGAAGCUUUUAGUGUACUUAAUAAUACCAAAAAUAAAUCUAUUACUGCUUCACAUGCAAAUAUUAAUAGAGAUGGAACCAGAAUGUCAUUGCUAGCUGCUAUAAACAUCUCUUCAAAAAAUAAAAGUCAAACACAAAAAUAUGUAGAAUCAGCUAAACGUAAAGAUACAGCUAAUAUUAAUACACAAGCCUCUGAAGAUUUAUCACAACAAGAACAAUAUAUAUCAUUAUUGGAAAAGAGGAUUCAAUUGGAAGAGAAACUCUAUGAAGCUGUACUUAAAAGAAAACAAGUGGAAAGAGAAUAA